CUCCGCCUUCCCUCCGCCUCUAAACUCAGAUAAUGUUGUUGGCAUUUUAGUAGUGGCGCGCCAUCCUGUUUUUGUGUGCCACACAUAAGAACAAACACAAAGUCCUGCAUCACGUUUUGGCAUUAAUGCAAUGGCGGACAGCUGAAAACCUGCCGUCUGAUAACGCACAGUGUACAGGCAACAUGAUGGAAGUGGCAGGCCACUGGACAGAAGUGUUUGAGCGCUCAGAGAUGAAGGACAUGUCCGACGGAGCAGAGAUGUUACUGGGGAGCUCCACCCUGACCCUGGCUCCUCUGGUAGCUGAGUCUCCUUCCAUACGGCGCUCCCAACCCAUCCUGAUCACCGGAAACAGGGCCAAAGGCAUAGAGCGAUUCUCUUCCUCGAUACCCAACCCCUUCCCAGAGCUCUGCAGCCCCUCCAAGUCUCCAGUGCUCAAUAAUUCACUUCCACAACUGUCCAGUAACAAACAUUUGGUGAAGGUAUAUGGAGAGGACAGCCACAGCAGGUCGGUGUGGGUUUCUCGGGGAGCGACGGCCAGAGAGGUGUGUCACAUGUUGGUGCAGACGGCGCACUGCAGCGAUCAGGAGAACUGGGCUCUGCUGGAGCUCCAUCCCACUCUGAGCCUGGAGAGAUGCCUGGAGGACCACGAGGUCGUGGUGGAGGUUCAGGCCACCUGGUCUCUCAAAGGCGACACAAGGCUCGUAUUCUGCAAGAACUACGCCAAGUACGAGUUCUUCAGGAAGCCAGUGCUCUUCUUCCCGGAGAACAUGAUCUCAGACAGCGCUGAUGUCAGCAAGGACAUGACGUCCUCAGAGCUCAUUCAGAACCUGCUGAGGUCGGGGACGUGUCCGGAGAUUCAGGGCUUCCUGCAGGUCAAAGAGUCCAGCCGUAAGGCCUGGAAGAAGGUCUACUUUUUCCUCCGCCGCUCAGGACUCUACUGCUCCACCAAAGGCUCCUCUAAGGAGCCUCGCCACCUGCAGUAUGUGGCUGAUCUGGACGAUCUGAACGUGUACACGGUGGUGAACAGCCGUAAACUGUACGGAGCGCCUGCAGACUUCACCUUCUGCAUCAAGCCCUCCAAAAACCCUGUGCGUACUCAGGACCUGAAGAUCCUCUGCGCUGAGAGCGAACAGACACGAACGUGCUGGACGUCUGCUUUCAGACUCUUCAAGUAUGGGAAGCAGCUUCAGUGCAACUACCAGUUAUCCAAGUCGGCCCCGCAAAUCCUGGAAGGAAGCAAGCUGGCAGAUGUCAAAUCAAAGUCCGAGGCAAGCCUGGUGGCCAUGGAUUUCUCAGGGAAGGCCGGCGGGCGGGUCAUCCAGAACCCGACUGAAGCCCAGAGCGCAGAGAGGGAGGAGGGGCAAGCCUGGAGGAGGAGAGAAGCCCUGAGGUGCAGUCUGCCCAACUCCAACGCCGCCGCCCGCCCAUCCUCCAUCCACAAGUCCCAGCCAUGGUUUCACGGAGGCGUCUCCAGAAAGGAUACACAGCGGCUGAUAGAGAAGCAGGGCCUGGUGGACGGGAUGUUCCUGAUCCGUGAGAGCCAGCAGCACGCCCAGUGCUUCGUCCUCUCGCUGUGCUACAAGCUGAAGACCAAACAUUACCUGGUGAUCCCUUGCGAGGAGGGAGGCAGGAAGUACUUCACCAUGGACGACGGGCUGACUCUCUUCAUAGACCUCCUGCAGCUGGUGGAUUUCCACCAAAUCAACAAGGGCAUCCUCCCCGUGUGCCUCAAACACCCCUGCGUCUGUGUAGCGCUGUGAAGCCUUUACAGCUUCUGACCUCUGCCCCGUUGAUCAUAUUACCUCGGCCUCAAAAGCAUGUGUGUCAGUCAUCGGAUUUUAUUGACUCCAUAAGCACAGCUGAUAAAGAGUAGACUGAUUUCCAUAGAACAGCAGUGCAAAGUGUAGCCUGUGUGAUUACGCUAUCAGGUUUCUAAGACUUCUGGGAAGCAUGUUGUCUGCCCCUCUUCCUCUCUUUAGUUUUUUAAAUAUUCCGGCUACACCUCCUGACAGUGGUUGGUUUUUUAUUUUUAAUAACCCAGCCAUGUUGGACAGACUUUUAGUGCAGAUUGAUGAGAGGUGGAGUGCUGCAGGAGGACGUUUUAUCGACAAACUGAGAGAACGUGGCCACCAGAGGGCGCUCCGAGUCAACGCUCAGAAGAGGAAUUCAUUUUUUUCAGCUGUUUCAUGUAACCCAUGUAUUGUGGUACUACAAUCAUGAAAAAGCCCCAGGUUGCAAUCAUGUAGCAUGUAAAUUCUCAUUCCCCUGACUCUGUGAAGUUUUGUACAGUUUCUUAUUUGUGCCUUAAACACAAUCGAUGUUUUAAUUAGAACAACUUUAAGUACUUUCAUUGCUAUGUUUGCACGAUGUCGGUGAAGGGGAACUGCAGUUUCUUGUGUUUAAACAACCAAACAUAUAACGUACAAGGGAUUUAUCAGGGCACAUUUAAUGUGUUUUACCCCUGGAGAAAGCUUUAAUGAAGACUUUAGGACGGCGCUUUAUUUAGAAAUAUCUUAAUCAUUUUUAGGAUUUUCUGGGGUGAUAUAGGCUAAAAUGGUGAGCAAGUUUUACCUUUUAAAGUCUUAUUAUAGUCAGCAUAGCGGAAGUCUAGUCAAACAUACAGUAGAACAAAGUUAGCAGCCAAAAGAUGAUUUUCAUGUAUUUAAUACAGAAUUACAGAUGUCAUACCAGAUAACUCCUUGGGAAAUGACAGUUGUAAAAAUCCGGCAUUUCUGACCUUUUUGUUUAUUGGUGGUUGUUUGAACAUAUUUUCUUUUAGUUUAAAUAUUUGCACUUACUGUUUGCUUUUUAUCAUGAAGAUCCAUUUCUUAAAACGUCAGCCUGAAUACACAUGUUUAUAUGCAUUACUCAUCCAGUACUAGGCUAACUGUUUUCAGCCUUUUAGUUAGUUUUAUACACUUAAAAUGUUUGUGCCUUUUCCAGACCUGUUUUAUAUGUUGAAUAAAUAUUUUUUCUUAAAUUGUAAA